GCUGAAGGUCAUCGAGGACUAUCCGUGGGAGGUUUGGGCCUUGGACACAGCGGAGGCUUUCGAGCAGCUGAACUUCAAGGUUCUGGUGCCCCACCCGGUGGAAGACUCCGAGGAUCUUCUUUGGAGCCUCGUAGAGCGACCCUACAACCAGACGCUUCCCGAUGGAUCUCGGCGGGGCCCGCCCGUGGCGACUGCCCGCUUCUGGACCAACAUGCACGCUCCACCUGGCCGGGCGUUUGCUGUGGAGGGCAUGAACCGCCUCAGCCCUGUUCAAGAGUGGCUACCGAAGCUGUAUGCCACUCUUGGCAUCGCAGGCUCUGUGGAUCUUUACUGCGCACGUGUUGGUCGGCGACCAGUUAAUUCAUACGGCUGGCACACGGACACCGUGGAUGCUCUAAUCUAUGUCCUCAACGGCACCAAGAGGGUGCGUGUUGCAGGGCACUUCCCUGGCAGCAGAGUGACUCUGGACAAGGUCAUUUCAGCCGGCUCUGUCGUCUACGUCCCCGGCGGUCGCUUCCACUCCUUGCGGAGCAUGCCCGCAGAUGUGGACGCCAGCAAAGCAGAGCUGGUCGUUGCUUUAAGCAUCGGACUCCCGAACCCCAACGAGGACUUGCUUGAGGUUCGGACGAAUGUCAUGAGGAAGGCCUUCGAGAAUCAGAACUUCAAGUGGAACGAUGUCAUCGGGCAAGUCGCGGCUCUUCCAGAGGACUUCCCCAGAAAGCCGGAGGUGGUCUUUGCAGAGAAGGACGACCUCGACUCUCAUGGAUUUUCUGCUCUACAUCGUCGAACCUUGCAGGGCGAUGCGCGGCGGCUAGCAGUGCUGUUGCACUCGGGCGCGGAGGUAAACCUCCGUAGCCUGCCUUCGGCACAGCGCCCGGCUCUGACAGCUCUUGGCCUCGCAGCCUGCUGUGUCGCAGAGGAGCCGGCGCUCUUGCUGACAGCGAAGCUGCUG